AUGGCCUCCCAAUUUGCCCUCCGCGGCAAGCAAGCACUGGAUAUCAAGGACUACAAUCAAGCCAUCGAACACUUCACUGCCGCCAUCAAGGACGCCCCAUCAUCCCCAGAGUUCUACCUCCAGCGCGCAAUCGCACAUACGCGAGCCAAGAACUAUCAGGAAGCCCUUGACGAUUCCGAGCAGGCUGUGAUCAACGGACAGAAGCGCGCCAAGAGAGAGUCAAUUCUUCAAGCGCAAUUUCGUCGCGGGAUUGCUCUGCAUCAACUGAGCCGAUACAGUGACGCUACUUUCAUACUCCAGCUCAUUCAAAGCAAGCUCGGCGAGACAGAGAAGAAGGACUACCAAGGUCUCGAUCUGUGGCUCCACAAGAGUAAGACUGCACUUGAGAAGCUCGACGACGACGACGAGAAGCGCAAGUGCACCAUCACAGAGACGCCAGCACCGAGGAAAAUGAGCACACCCGUCAACGGCAGUACCACAACUAUGCCUCCACCAGUAGCUCCACCAACAUCGACCUCUCACAUCACACCUACUCCGCCUCAAACCACGCCGGAUAAGAUCCGUCACGAGUUCUACCAAACUACCGAGAACGUCUACUUCACUCUCCUGGCGAAGGGCGUCCCAAAAGACAAGGCUCAUGUUGAGAUCACCUCUCGCGCGCUCAGCAUCUCGUUUCCGCUGAACACUGGCGCUGAAUACGACUUCACCAUCGAGCCCCUCUUCGGUGCAGUUCAGGUUGAGAAGUGCAUCACUCGGAUCCUGCCCAGCAAAAUCGAGAUCAUCCUUGUCAAGGCUACGCCAGGUCAGAAAUGGGCAACACUCGAAGCAGCGGACUCUGUGACCAACGACGAAGACGAAGAGUCGAAACGUGCCGUCUUCUCUGAGUCCGAUCCCGCGAGCGCCCCAGCCUAUCCCACCUCUUCCAAGACCGGACCCAAGAACUGGGACAAGAUCGUUGAUGGCGACGAUGAUGAUGAAAUUGAGGGCGGCGAUGAAACGAACCACUUCUUCAAGAAGUUGUUCAAGGACGCUUCACCUGAGAUGCAGCGUGCGAUGAUGAAGUCGUACACAGAGUCCAAUGGCACUUCACUUUCGACAAACUGGGACGAAGUGAGCAAGGGUAAGGUGGAGACUAUUCCGCCGUCGGGUAUGGAGGCGAAAGAGUGGACGAAGUGA